AUCCAUAACACAAAAUAACCACACGCAAACAACAACAGGAAAGCUGCCAGGAAAACAAAGAAGAUCAGAACACAAAGUGUAACCUCCGGCGAUUGUGAGGGCGGCAAGCGCCGAAGAGUGCGACGGCGGCGAGUGUUCGUCGGCGACUGCGAGGGCAGUGAGCACAAUUGAUUGCGAGGGUCCGGGAGCGCCAGUGACUGCGAGGCGGUGACCACUGGUGACUGCGAGUGCGGUGAGUGCCGGUGACAGCGAAGGCGGCAAUCGCUGGUGAGUGCGACGUGAGAUCUUACUCGAUUUUAACAACACUGCCCAUGGAUGCUACGAUUCAACCCACGAUUCGGUGUGAUUCGAAGAGAUUCAUGCGAUUCGGAUGAUAGUUUUCAAGCGAUUCGUAUCGUGGAGGAGGAGAAUCAUAUCGUAUCGUAUUUGUAUCAACCACAAUGGUGUACUGCAGUCACUGUGCCAAAAAUGUAGCUGGGGAGCGACUGGAUGACGGUUUCUUAUGUUGUGGAAGCUGUGGGAGGGUGUUGGAAGAUUACUUUUUUGCUGAGGAGCCUACAUUUGUCAAGAAUGCGGCAGGGCAGAGUAAAUUAUCAGGUAAUUACGUAAGAACAGUUCAAAGCGAGUUCUCUGAGUCACGUCAAAGGACUUUAGAUAGAGCUCAUGAUGAGAUUAAAUAUCUAAGUUUGGGCCUUGGAGUUCAGGAUGAACAUAUGGCUGACCAAGCACUGACCUUUUAUAAAAUAGCGCUUGAGCGAAACUUCACUCGUGGACGUAAAUCAGAGCAAGUACAGGCUGCUUGUCUUUAUAUUGCAUUUCGUCACAACAACAAGCCGUACCUUCUUAUUGAUUUUUCAAAUUAUUUAAGAAUAGAUGUCUAUGUUCUAGGAUCGGUUUUCUUGCAGCUUUGUGAAGUGCUGAGGCUUGGAGAGCACCCAAUUGUUCAAAAGCCUAUUGAUCCUAGUCUUUUUAUUCAUAGAUUUACUAAAAAUUUGAUUAAGCGAGGGAGUAAGGCAGUCUCUGAUACUGCUCUGACCAUUGUUGCAAGUAUGAAACGAGACUGGAUGCAGACAGGGAGGAAACCUAGUGGUCUAUGCGGUGCGGCAUUAUACAUUUCUGCUCUUGCACAUGGAAUUAAAUGCUCUAAACCCGAUAUUCUUAGAAUCGUCCAUGUAUGUGAAGCAACAUUGACCAAACGAUUGGUGGAAUUUGAGAAUACGAAAUGUUCUAGCUUGACAGUUGAGGAGUUGGAUACCAUGGCAAAGGAGCAAGAAAAUAAUCCAACAGUAAUGCCAGAAGGUGAAUUGAAAGCGGGUAUUUCGUCGAAAGAUCUGCUGUGUGAGCACAAGGACAGUGGGGCUUCCCAUUUUGCGCUUGGAUUGUGUGAAGCAUGCUAUAAGGAUUUCGAUAAGCUCUCUGGUGGACUUGGUGGUGGUUUGGAUCCUCCUGCGUUCCAGCGUGCUGAGAGGGAAAGAGAGAAAAGAGCACUUCUCGAAGAGAGUGUUGAUGAAGCAUGUGAUUUGGCGAAUGCAUCAAAUGAUCAGUUUAAGAGCCAUAGAGAAGAUUUGCCUGUGCCAGAAGGGGCUAAUGUUGCGCAUGAGUCCACUAAAGAUGGUGAAUAUGAUGAUUCAUUUAGAGAAGAUGAAUCAGAAACUUUAUCUGAUAUUGAUGACGAAGACGUUGAUUUAUACAUUCAUGAUGAGGAGGGGAGGAAGAUCAAGAAGAUACUAUGGGAAGCAGCAAAUCGGGAGUAUCUUGAGGAGCAGGCAGCCAAGGAAGCAAUUGCAGCAGCUAAUAAGAAAGCUUUUGAGGCAAAUUUUGAAAACUGUUCAGAGGAUUUACUUGCGGCAAGAGAACUCGCUGCAUCUGCUUCUGAAGCCGUGGCAAAAUCCAGAAAGGAAAUGAAACAGAGACGAGCCAAUGAGGCAAAAAAUAUGGGGCCAGCUCAAUCUGCUGCAGAGGCCUUCGGCCAAAUGUCUAAAAAAAGGCAAUUGCAGAGUCUGAAAUCUAAAGUCAAUUUUGAUCGACUGGGAGAAUUAUUUAAUGAACUGGAAAAAACGGAUGAUCCCAAGAAAGAGAAGAAAGCACGAUUUGAUUCACUCCUAGAUAAUGAUGACAAGAUAAAGUCAUUUGAGCAUAAUGAUGACAAGAUAAAGUCAUUUGAGUACAAAAAUGACGACGAGAUUGGAUCGGUGGAUGAAUUUGAAGAUGAUAUGGGAGAGAUGUAUCAAAGUGGGUUGUCUACUGAGAAUAUUGCAGAUACAUAUUUCCCUGAGGAUGAUGGAUAUGGCUAUAACGAUUAUGAUUAUUAAUGAAAGAUGACAGAUGAUCUUUCUGAUUUGAUUAUCUGAUUUUUUUA